AUGUCGACCCAAAAUACCUCCUGUGAAACGGUUCAAGAGCCCGUUCAACCCAGAACAGUGCUUUCCGACGAGCAGAGAAGAUUUCUCGACAGUGCGCUCCGUGUAAACCAGGCUGGGGAGCUUGCUGCUACUCUCAUCUACACCGCCCAGACGCCACCUGUCGUCAAAGCCCACCCACAUCUCCGGCCCCUCAUGAAACAUAUGUAUGACCAAGAAGCCGGACAUUUCAAAACCUUUAAUGAACUUCUCGCAAAGCACCGCAUCCGCCCAACGGCAAUGUAUCCAGUCUGGCAGGUGGCAGCAACUGUACUGGGAUGGACCACAGGCAUGAUGGGAAGAGAAGCUGCCAUGGCAUGUACCGAAGCAGUCGAGACAGAGAUUGGGAAUCACUACAAUGGCCAAGUGCGGGAACUCUUCAAGUGGAUGACAGAAUUGAAAGAGAGAGGGGAGGAGCUUGAUCCUGAACUGAAGGUCUUGAUUGAGGACAUUAAGCGAAUACGCGAUGAGGAGCUUGAGCAUCUGGAUUAUGCCGUUGAAAAUCAUGCAAAGGAGGCACAGCCAUAUCAGCCACUGACAGAUGUCAUUCGAUACGGAUGCAGAGGAGCCAUCUGGAUCAGCGAGAGAAUAUGA